GUUGCUUUGUCGCAGUUUCGCCCUGAAAACGGACACGAAUGCUCGUGGGCACAGGACCUGGAGCUGUUGAGGCGGCAGGUGCAGCUUAUUCAGCGACAGCGGAGGCAGCGGAACCUCGAAGUCGGCAAGCUGCGAAAGGCAAUGAAAGAAGUUCGAAAUGCUCUCUUCGUAGAAACUCCUGCUGCGGCACAGGGCCACUUGGCUGCACAGCAGCUUCUGGACGAGGUUCGGACAGAGCGUGAGCGCAGGCUCGCUGAAAAGCGUUAUCUGGAGGACCAGAUCAAGAAAUUGAAAUCGGAGGUCGAGGAGCUGGAGGAGGGGCAAGCCGCUACUCCAGCCUUUGACCACGAGAAGGAAAAGCUGAAAGCUUCUGUCAGGCAACUGAAGAUGUCGAUUGAGUCCAAAGACCGAUAUGCAUGCUGGGUCUGCAAUCGUGCGCAUGAGCGCCAAGACGAGUCUGCUGAAGGCUCCGAUGCUGGCGAGGAUUCCGACAAACAUGACGAGUGUGUCAUGAUGCGGAGGCGCCUGGUAGAGAUGGCGGAGGAGAUUCGCGAGCUGACUGGCGAAGGAGGAGCUGCUGAGACUUCUGAGCCCGCUCAAGCCAGGGCCCAAGAGCCUUCUGCUAGACUGUCCCAUGAGCCUCCCAGCGUGACAGAGUCAACUUUGAGUCCAUCGUCCACUCUUCGAUCUUCUCGGGAUCGAAUGCCAACCCCAUGGGCUCAGGCAGGAUGCACGAUGGCGUUCGUAUCUGUGCAGUUCUCGGAUUCUGUCUCGGCCGUCACCUCGUUGGAAGUCCCGGAGAACGUCCCAGAGGUUGGCAACAGGUCCGUGCGCGACCGAAUCCUAACCCCGUUCGUAGCGGCCAACGUGACAGCCUCCGAGGAUCGCAGAGCACUGCUGGCACCGGUCCUGUCAACAGUCGAGGAGUUUGAAGUACAGAGCUCCCGAGAGAGGCUGCGCUCAAGCCGAGACAGGAUGCCUACACCUCAUGUAAGCUCAGAGAUGAUCGAGGAAACUGAGACCUACGCAUCUUCUGGAAAAACAGUCCGAAUCUUCCCUGCAGCCGACAUGGAGGCCAUUCCAGCCUCUGGCAGAAGACGGCCCAGCCGAGAGAGACAAGCCACCCCUUUCGUCAAGGAGGAAGACAUGCCUCCCAACGACACCCGGACCGUCCAGUUCAAUGGUGCGGUGAGCACCGAGGCCAUUCCAGCCUGUGGCAGAAGACGGCCCAGCCGGGAGAGACAAGCCACCCCUUUCGUCAAGGAGGAAGACAUCCCCCCCAACGACACGCGGAACGUCCAGUUCAGUGGUGCGGUGAGCACCGAGGCCAUUCCAGCACCCGGCAGAAUACGGCCCAGCAGGGAAAGACAAGCCACCCCUUUCGUCAAGGAAGAAGACGUGCCUCCCAACGACGCGCGGACAGUUCAGUUCUCCGCUGCGGUGAGCACCGAGGCCAAUCCAGGCUCUGGCAGCAAACGGUCCAGCCGCGAAAGACAAGCCACUCCUUUCGUCAAGGAAGAGGAUGUGCCGAACAAUGUGCGUACCGUGCAGUUCAGUGGCGCCCUGGCUUCCGAGGCCUCGGUUCACUUCUCCGACACGGUUUCGAUCGCGAGUGGAGCACUGGAGCUGCCGGAGACGGUGCCGGAGGUUGGUAAUCGGUCGGUGCGCGACCACAUCGCCACACCCUAUGCACCGGCAGCUGCCUUGUCUGAGGAUCGGCGAGUGUUGCUUGCGCCGGUGGUGUCCACGGUCGAGGAGUUCGAAGUCCAAGGUUCCGGGGAGACUUUCCGAUCCAGCAGGGACAGGAUGCCAACUCCCUAUGUGAACACCGACAUGGUGGAGGACACGCCUGCAGAUGCUGCGGCUAA